ACUGUUCAUAUGAUGCAACUGAACCAAAUAUCUCAGACAGAGUAUAAUUUUGUUUUAUUGAGAUCGUGUUUUAAACCAUGGAUUGUACCUGAGAAAAUUGACAAAAUAUGUUCUUCUGUCAGCUUAUGUACUUGUUUGCGUCUCAUUGAUGACGAUUAUAACCCUACUACUUUGAUUUAACAGAUCUCACCCUUUGUUCAUAAGAAAAGAACCUAGCUCACUUGUUGUAGCAAAUAUUUCGUACCCGUCAGUAAGUCACUAACCAUCAUGUGUCUCGGCUGCUUCAGUUCUGACUAAUGUAUAGGACAUGUACAAAUCAUACGAGUCAUAGCAUUUUGAUUAGUAUACAAGCAAUCACGACAUCCGAACAAAACCAACUUUCUUAAUCAUGCCUGAUCAUUGCUGGUUUAUUGCAUUUGUCUUAAGAUGCUGCAGAAGGGAGUUGAUGACCUGUUUUUGUCCUCAUUUGCAUAUUAAAUUGCAUCAGUUAAUGUAUUCCCAGGAUUUUUUAACUGUGCAACUUGCCUAUUGUUUCGUGGAGACAAAUCUCAAGCAGAUACGUGCACCAGGUUUCACAUUUGCUGAUGGAAUCUUGACGAGGUAAACAGAUGAGAGUCUUACCUGCUUGCUGGUUCGGUGCAUCAUCAUCCACCGUUGCCAAUAAGCAAGCUGCAGGCUUGCUUAUUAAUGUUUACAUCACAUCAGAGCCACUGACAUCCGAUGUUAAAAAUAUUACUACAGAGCAGACUUUGUAGACUGUUAUGUAGUUGACAUAGUUUAUGCAAGCUCCCCUCACUGUUGGUGUGAUAUAGGAGAAGGAUGCUUCUUAUCUUUCCCGAGGAAGAACACGAUGAUUCAGUAGGAACUACACUUCAGCUGCUUUCAACCAUUCCUCUGGUUGUGCUUACACUCCAUUUAGUUUCCAACAUUCUGCUUGUGCUUACACUCCACUUCUGCAUCCAUUCUUUUGAUAUCUGACUCAGCACAUGCUUCAUGAUUGGUGCGCCUGUUCUUAUUGUUUGCCGGACUGCUUAGCAAAGAUAUCCUGUUGGGAGGGAACAAUUUGUACCAACACAUCCCGCUCUGCUGCAGCAGUCUAAUAAUUUAACUUAUUCAGUCUAGUCAACCAGUUACCUUCCAUCUCCCUUGGGUUCGGCCAUCUAGAUCUUAAGUAGUCAUGGGUUCAUCGAGAUCUUGAAGUGGUGAUUGGUUGACUACUGGAGCAAUCUGCUUACGUGAGAUCAUUAAUUCGACUGUUGUUACCGACUGUUUAUUUCUUGCUUUAAGGUUGGUUUGAAAGCCUGCAAAUUUGCCACACUUCCAGAGAAAUUGCUUUGUAAAUUGGUGGAUUAAACUCAUCAAGUUUGUCUGAUGGCAGCCAUACUGGUUUCUCUUGUCGGAUCAUGUGCCAAAAGAUUGCAAGAAAUAAUUACAGAUGAGGCGGUUCUUAUUCUAGGGGUAAAUAAAGGUCUUAGAGACCUGCAGCGAACAAUGACUCAAAUACAAUGCUUUCUCAAUGAUGCUGAAGAAAGGAGGACAGAAGAGUCAGCAGUCAACAAUUGGCUUGGUGAGCUGAAAGAUGCUAUGUAUUAUGCUGAUGACAUUAUUGACUUGGUGAGAUUUUUUUUUUCAAGAGUACGCCAAAGGCGUACCAUAUUUUUAUAGAAGGCAGAAGACAAUUACAAGAAGCUACAACUCGUUGCGAACAACAAGUGUAGUCAAACACCACAUCCAAGCUAAUCCGAAGAAAAGCCUCCGCACACAUUACAUACACAACGCAAAAGGCGCCUGCCCAAACCAGAGCAACAUGGCCGCGUCGCGACCCACACCGAUCAUCUCGAAGAGCAACAACUCCAAUUGGACUACCCUAGUCGACGCACCAACCACCCUUGAAUGCCGAAGGACUUGGUGAGAAUUGAAGGAGGCAAGUUACUAGCUGAACAUAAUUCCUCAUCAACAAAGGCAACUGAAUGUGGUGGAAUUUCAUUUUUCACAUGCAUUCCCAGUUGUAAGAAGCGUCAUGAUAUUGCCAUAAAAAUCAGAGAUUUUAAUGGAGAACUCGAGAAGAUUUCAGAGUUGGGAGCAAAAUUUUUAAAGCUCCAGAGUAUGCAGCAUAAAGCGGAAGCUCCACUGGUGAAGCAGAUGAGAACUUGCCACCUUGUGGAGCCGAAUCUUGUGGGAAAGGAAACUUUACAUGCUUGCACAAGAUUGGUUGAACUGGUGCUUGGACAAAAGAAAAAGAAGGCCUACAAGGUUGGUAUUACUGGAACAGGAGGGGUUGGGAAGACAACUCUGGCUCAGAAAAUAUAUAAUGACCAAAAAAUAAAAGGAGCAUUUAGCAACCAAGCAUGGAUUUGUGUUUCUCAGGAGUACUCUGAAGUCGCUCUAUUGAAAGAAGUUCUUCGAAAUUUUGGUGUACAUGAAGAGCAAGGUGAAACUGUGGGAGAGCUCAGCAGCAAGCUUGCAGAGGCCAUUCGAGGAAAAAGUUUCUUCCUUGUGCUAGAUGAUGUUUGGCAGCCUCAGGUGUGGACCAAUCUACUGAGAGUUCCAUUACAUGCUGCUGCAACCGGAGUAAUUCUAGUAACCACUCGACAUGAUACAGUUGCACAUGUAAUUGGGGUGGAAGAUGUGCAUCGAGUAGAGUUGAUGGCAUUAGAUGUAGGAUGGGAACUGCUUUGGAAGAGUAUGAACAUUAAUCAAGAAAAUGAUGUGCAAAACCUUAGGCAUAUAGGGCUGGAAAUUGUUCGUAAAUGUGGCGGACUUCCUCUUGCAAUCAAAGUUACUGCUAGUGUUCUAGCAACUAAAGCAAAAACUCAGAAUGAGUGGAGAAAGAUUAUGGAGAGAAGUGCAUGGUCUAUGGGCAAUCUUCCAACCGAGCUCAAUGGUGCUCUGUAUUUGAGUUACGAUGAUCUGCCACGGCAUUUGAAGCAAUGCUUCCUCUAUUUGAUCUUAUACCCAGAAGAUCAAUACAUGUACCGAGAUGAUCUUAUCAGGCUGUGGAUUGCUGAAGGCUUUGUUGAGGAGCAUAAAGAACAACUUCUGGAAGAUACAGCUGAAGAAUAUUACUAUGAGUUGAUAUAUAGGAAUCUACUGCAACCAGACCCUUUACGUUUUGACCGCAGCAUGUGCAAAAUGCAUGAUCUCUUGAGACAAAUUGCUCAGCACUUUUCAAGAGACGAAAAUUAUUGUGGCGACCCACAAUCAUUACAGGUUACAACCUUGUCCAGGCUACGGCGUGUUUCAGUUGUCACUGACAAGGAUUCUUUAAUGCUGCCCAAUGUGGACAACGAGAAGAUUAGAGCAAGGACACUGUUAAUUCAUUCCACUAAGAAAUUGAGAGUUGAAAAUACAGUUUUCAAGAGGCUUCCAUGCAUCAGAGUUUUAGAUCUGACUGGUUCACCUAUAAAAAGUAUUCCAGAUUGCGUUGGUAGUUUGAUCCAUCUACGACUUCUUGAUCUGGAUGAGACAGCCAUAUCUUGUCUUCCAGAGUCCAUCGGUUCUCUGAUAAAUCUUCAGAUACUGAACUUGCAAAGGUGCAAAGCUCUGCACAGCCUUCCUUCGUCGAUCACACAGUUGUGCAAUUUAAGGCGCCUUGGUCUUGGUGGCACACCAAUAAAUCAGGUGCCAAAAGGGAUAGGUAAACUAGAAUUCCUCAAUGAUCUGGAAGGAUUUCCUAUUGGUGGUACAAGUGAUGGCGCUAAUACACAAGAUGGAUGGAAGUUGGAAGAGUUGGGGCAUCUUUGGCAGCUAAGGCAGCUUGACAUGAUCAAAUUGGAAAGAGCAUCCCCUAGCACGACAGAUUCUCCAUUUUUAAGAGACAAAAAGUAUCUCAAAUUUCUGACUCUAUGUUGCACUCAACGGAAGGAAGAACCAAAUUCACAAGAUAUCAGCAAUAUUGAGGACAUUUUUGAGCAGCUAAUCCCUCCACACAACUUGGAAAAACUUGUUAUUGAUGAAUUCUUUGGUCGAGGGUAUCCCACCUGGCUUGGUACUAGUAUCCAUUUGUCUUCAACAACAUACUUGAACCUUACUAAUUGCAAACACUGUGUCCAUCUUCCACCACUAGGGCAGCUGGCCAGCCUGAAAUAUCUAAAAAUUGCUGGAGCAACUGCAGUUACCAAGAUUGGACCUGAAUUUGUUGGAUGCGGGGAGGGUAAUCCCGCCUUCCCCAAGCUCGAAUACCUCGUCUUCAAAGAAAUGCCCAACUGGAGCGAGUGGUCCUUUGUUGAAGAAGAAGAAGAAGAAGAAGAUGCAGUGGCAGCAGCUACAGAAGGGGGAGAGACCGAGACGUCUCCCCCGAUGCGGCUGCUGCCAUGCCUGAAGAGGUUGGAGCUUCUUGGCUGCUCCAAGCUGAGAGGUCUCCCAUGACAGCUUGGACCGGAGGCCACCAACCUGAAAGAGCUCUUUAUUAUUGGAGCAAGCUGCUUGAAGGCAGUGGAGGACCUCCCUUUCGUGGAGAGCUUCUUGAUCUCGGGAUGUCAUCAAGUCCUGGAGAGGCUCUCGAACCUUCCUCGACUGAGAGAGCUACGCAUAAACGAUUGCCAAACAUUGAGGCGUGUCGAGGCGCUGGCAAGCUUGCAGCAGCUGUGGUUGACAGAGAAUAUGCUGGAGAUCUCUUCUUUACUGUGGGUGCCAGGGCUGCAACAACAGCGCCGUCAGCUUGACGGCCAUGGGGAAGACCCGCUGGAUGUCUACCAAUGGGCAAUGCCUCUAGUAGAUUAGAUGCCCAAAUUUAUGGUGGCAUCUGAAGGAACAUGCUGAGGUAUGACCAUUUACUGACAGGCAGUUUGGAUUAUUUGAUGCUCUGCUUGGACUCAUAAUGUCCGCGCUCAGUUUCAUCGUACCAUUUGUGUUGUCAAGUAACAAGUUUUUGUUUGCAAGCGACAUUCAGUUCCUCUUUCGUGCGUUUUGUCCUGAAUUUUGAAGCUCUCGAUGGACAGUGUAAUAGAAUGGAGAUUUAUGAAUUUAUCUCUAGAGCCACAUAUUCAAAUGGCGGUGUUGCUAUCAUGUAACUGAACCAAGUAUCUCGGAUUAUCUGAAUGCACGUCUUUUCUUCAUA